UGGGUUUUUGACAGUGAAUUUUCUCUGGAACCUUUGCUUUUAUAUUUGUCUUUCUUUUACUUUCGGUUUUUAGCAUUUUCUAAUCGGCAGCCGACUUUUUGGUAUUUGUCGGCUGUUCUAUCAUCUUUUUAUUUCCCCCUUUUUUUUUUAUAAAAGUAAAAAUUUUCCUUUUAUAAAAUAAUGCAAAAAAUACGUGAAAACAACGUUGCACUCUUUGUUGUUAUCUUUGUUUAUUCUUAUAUAAAACUACUAUAUUUUUUGUUUUCUUUUGUUUCGAUCUCUCGUUCUUCAAUAACUGUUACAUCGGUUUUGUUUUUCGACAUGAAUUUGAAGAUGGGUCACUUUGAUUGGACGCUUUUUCCUCUGAAUUCUCAGUGGCUUUUUUCUGGUUGUCUUCCUCUCUAGUUUCUCAUACGAACAGUAUUGAAACUUGCCUUGGAUUACUGUUACAUUGUGGGAGGAUUGGAAUUUGCUUUAUUUCAAGCAAUCAGCAUCUUGUUCUGAGGUUACGUAAUCUUCUGGGGAAUGGCUAGUGGGGGGAUUUCAUCUGUCAACUCACAGAAAAUUGCCCAUCGGUUUACUAGAGCUUUAUCAUCAGCCUUUCUUGAAUGGCUGCUGAUUUUUAUGCUUUUUAUUGAUGCUAUUGUCUCAUACUUGAUCACAAAAUUUGCUCAUAAAUGCAAAUUGCAAACACCAUGCUUGCUAUGCUCAAGACUUGAUCAUGUUUUAGGCAAAGAAAAACGAAAAUUUUAUUGGGAUUUGGUAUGUGGUGAUCAUAAGUUGGAGAUAUCAACCUUAGUUUACUGUCAUGCUCACAACAAGCUUGUUGAUGUUCAUGGAAUGUGUGAAAGUUGCCUUUUCUCAUUUGCUACAAUAAAUAAGUCUAAUGCUGAAACAUAUAGAUUAUUGGUGGGUAAAUUGGGGGAAGUUUCUGACUGUGGUCUUGUGGAGGAUCCAUCACUUGAGGAUCAUAAACAUGCACAUUCAACUAUGAGGCACUGUUCUUGUUGCAAUGAGCCAUGGAUGCCCAAAGGGUAUGUCAAAACAUUGAUGCAGACACAAUCGACUGUGUCUCAGGCUGCUGAAUUUGAUUUACAUUUGCCAGUUACUGUAGAACGUGAGCAGGAUGAGCAGAAGAACAGAAGUGACAAUGCACUGAUUUCAGUUAGAGCUACACAUCAGAGAAAAAGUAGGGCUGAUCCUUUAUCUCAUGUAGCAUAUUCGGAGCUUAAGAUUACUUCUGAUUCUGAAUCUGAAUUGUCUAGUGAUGCUGGUGAUGAGGAAGAUGCUUUAAUUCGUGAAACUGAUCAUGUAAAAAGUGAUAUUGCUGACCAACAUGUGCAGCCAGAGUCCCGUACUAUUACUGUGUCAGAAGAUUUUGCUUCCGAAAAAUUGAUAGAUUCUGUUUCUGAAACGAAGCCUUCAAUUUUCAUCUCACAGUCACAACAAGAUAUCAUCGAGCCUCAUGGCACUAAAUCUGUGGAAUCUACUGAUUUAAGUGGCCGUGACUUGGAGGAACUUAAUUGGAAGCAAGCCAGUAGCAAAACUAAACCCUCUGCAUUUGCUGAGCUUAUUUCUCUUGAUGAUGUCCCUUUAUCACCAAAUGGUGGGGAAGCUUAUAUUGAUGUGUCAACAAAAAUGAAUCUUAAUUCCCUUGAUAAGGUUCCUCCAUCAUCCGAUGCCAGUGAAAUUCCUAUUCAAGGGUUAGAAGACAGUAAGCUUAUUUCCCUCGAUCAUGUGUCUUCAUUAUCACUUGGCAAUGAAACCCCUGUUGAAGUGUCAAAGGAGAGCAAGCCUAUUUCCAUUGAUGAUGUUUCUCCAUCAAAUGUUGUCGCACCUUCUGUUGAAGGAUCAAAAGAGAGCAAUGAGGAAGUUGAUGUUUCUCCAUCAAAUGUUGUUGCACCUUCUGUUGAAGAAUCAAAAGAGAGCAGUGUUAUGAGAACUCUUGAAGUCAAGAAGAAAUCUGUGACAGAGUGUGAGGAAAUCUGCAAGUCAAGAGAACAGCCAUUUCCAGUACCUGAAUCACCAGUAGAAACAAACCAUGUUGCAAGCGACACUAGCAUCCAAGUACCCAAUUCAUUGGAUCUAAGCGAUGCUUAUAAGCUAGCAGUAGGAAGUAGAGGGAGACAAUUGUCUGGCAAAUUUGAACAAUGGAUUGGAAAAGAUUCUUCUAGACUUAGUGAGGAUCUGAAAGUUUUAUUGUCACAGUUAUCUGCGGCUCGAGGGAUUGAGCAAUCAAUAAAUGAUGUAAGUCCUAGGAUCUCAGUAAGUCCUAGGAUAUCUAUAAAUAGUGAUGAAUUAAAGGCUUCAGACUCUUCUACACUUAAUGGAAUGCAAAUGCUUCAAAAGAGGAUCUCCCUAGAGAGAAAUGAGUCUGGUUUGUCUAUAGAUGGAAGCAUUGUUAGUGAAAUCGAAGGUGAAAGUGUGGUUGAUCGGCUGAAACGGCAGGUUGAGCAUGACAGGAAAUUAUUGAAUGCUUUGUAUAAGGAAUUGGAAGAAGAAAGAAAUGCCUCUACAAUUGCUGCAAAUCAAGCAAUGGCCAUGAUUACUCGACUGCAGCAGGAGAAGGCAACACUCCACAUGGAAGCCUUGCAGAGCCUGAGAAUGAUGGAAGAACAAGCUGAGUAUGAUAUGGAAGCAUUGCAAAAAACAAAUGACCUCCUUGCAGAGAAGGACAAAGAGAUUCAAGAUCUAGAAGCAGAGCUUGAAUUUUGCAGGAUGAAGCUCCCCAAUGAAUCAAUGCUGGAGGACAUAGUGAAGUCGGGCUAUGAUUUGAAAGCAAGACAGGUCACAGUGGAUCAAUCAGAAGCUAAUGGAAUUGAAGAAAUGGUAGGCGUGCCUGCAGAGCCAGUUAGCGAAAAACCUAAUGUCUGCUGCACAGUUGAAGAAACAGAUCCGUCACUCAGAGACACAAACAAGGACACCAUGAAGAAUCCAUUGUCAGGAGAUGAAUGAGGGUAACAUGAAGAAUUCAUUGCUUGAGGCAUUAUGUGCAAACACUCUAGCAUGCCUGCAAGAGAUGACGCGCUGAGGCUCCAAGAAGAAGCUUGAAUGUACAAACCCCUAAUAACCUGGUGAUGAAGACUGGCAAUUAAUUGUACAGUAUUGCAGAGUUUGUUUUCUCCUUAGGCAGAACCUAAUAUAGGACAUGAUUUUUAGAGUGUUCUUUCCUUUAUUUUCCCCCCACAUUUUUUUGCCAGGGGUUCUAUAGGUAGCUACAAGCUUUUGCAUACCAUCAAAAACAUUGAGUUGGUGAGAGUUUUAUCCCCAUUUUUCCUUUUUCCUCUCUUGAAUUUUUUCAGUUUGAAGGUACAAGUAGUGGUUGAGUGAUUGCAUUUGUGCAAGGUGUGCUGUUGAGUGUAAAGCUAAAUGUUGUAUGUACAUUAGAACAGGUAGCAAUUCCUGCUAGUGAAUUCUGUCUGCUUCCCAAGUUUGCUAUUGAUUGAUUGCUUGAAUAUACAGAAUUUGGUCCCCA